ACCACGCCCAACGACGCAGCUCGGGCAGAGCCGCCGGCAAUGGAAUCGAGGAGAUAGGAGGACCGCCCCCUGGGGCGGAACUAAAUAGCAUAUCAUGUCCCCUACAAAAUUCCUACACUUCGGCACUGCAAUCUCCCGAGCAACAUCCAGAUCUCUAUCGCCACUCCUCUUCCCCAGAAGAUUCUUCAUCAAGUGCAGCUCUUCUACUACGCUAGAUUCCGCCGGCGACGGCGGCGGCGUUGAUGCGCCUCAACCACACUCCAGCCUCAUUCACCACCCCUGGCCUGAAUGGAUUUCCUUUGUCGACGGCCUGAAGACCAAAGGUUACUUGAUCGAACCUCCUUCGGAAGAUGCAAACGGAGAUGGGAGCAGUAGUGAUGCAGUUACGCCAUCCGAGACUGAUUACAGCGACAUGAACGUGCUGAAGGAUGCUUGCCUUAGCUUUGCGCGCGACCGCCACGAUAUUUUAGAGUCAUUGUCCAGAGAUGAUAUUCAAACGGUAAUGAAGGAUGGAUGUCCCAAUCUCUUCCGGAAAGUUGUCAAUUCAGCUAAAAGGUUAAGGGCUUAUGUGCAUCUAGAUGAAGGGGAGGUUUGUAGUACUUGCAACCUUCGAGGCUCCUGUGAUAGAGCUUAUGUUAUUAUGAAGGAAACAGAAGCUGCAAGAACUGUGGAUGUAGCUAGAAUAUUGUUGGCCUAUGCAUUGGAUCCACUUGUUUUGUCUGGAGGGGACAAAGCUUUGGGUAGAGAGCAUGUCGAAGUCUCUAUCAGGAAAUUGCUUUCUGAGAUAUCUGAACUGAGUGAAGAACCCAUUGAGGCAGCUGCAGCAGUGAAGGCUGAUACAAAAACUCCAUCAAGAAAAGAAACGCCUUCAAAACUUACAAAUGAUGCAUUGUAUAAAGAUGUUGAGAUGAAAAGAGGAGAUUGGAUGUGCUCAAAGUGCAAUUUUUUGAAUUUUUCAAGAAACAAAAGAUGUUUAAAAUGCAAUGAAGAAGGUCCUAAAAGAGUUGGGGCAGAUGAUAUAGAAAUGAAGAGCGGAGAUUGGAUCUGCCCAGAGUGUAAAUUCAUGAACUUCUCAAGAAACAUUCAGUGCUUAAAGUGCAAAAGCAAGAGGCCGAAGAAGAUUAAUAAUGUUGAUGAAAUUGAAAUGAAGAAGGGAGAUUGGAUCUGCCCGCAAUGUGAAUUCAUGAACUUUGCGAGUAAGAAGGAAUGCUUGCGAUGCCGAGAACAUCGUCCAAAGAGGGAGCUGAGUCCAGGAGAAUGGGAAUGCCCCUCAUGUGACAUUUUUAAUUACAGACGGAACAUGAUGUGCCGCAACUGCAAUUGUGAGCGCCCUACACAAGAAAUAAGCGCGGAGUGCCAGGAACAUCUAUGGGAGUCACCCACGGAAAGGUGAACCAACUAUUUUAUGCCAUUAUUUUGGCUCCAAGUAUAUCAAUUUUCUCUCUUUCCAAUUCCAUGGGAUGUUUAUUCACUUGAUGAGUAUUGCCGCUCCAAGUAGUCUAGAAAUGAGGGUUUUAUCCAUUCAAGGAA